AUGGGUGACAUCUCCGUUCCCAGGCUGGAGAUGAUGGAUGAGAUGUGGGAGAAUGGCAGCUUCGCCAGUCCCUCUCCUGGUCUGCCCCUGUUUCUGCUCAUGUUCAAUGACAGCAUUCUGAACGAGACGCUGUCCAACUCCACCAACUCCACAGUCACAGAUGUCUCUUCAGGUCUCAGCGUAGCAGGGGUCCUCAUCCCCCUCAUAUACAUAAUUGUUUGCAUCAUCGGCCUGGGCGGGAACACUUUAGUAAUCCACAUUGUGCUGCACUACUCGAAGAUAGAAUCAGUGACAAACAUCUACAUCCUGAAUCUAGCCAUUGCUGAUGAGCUGUUCAUGCUCGGCAUGCCAUUCCUGGCAGUUCAGAACACCCUAAAGAUGUGGCCUUUUGGCCCCUUCAUGUGCCGCCUGGUCAUGACCGUUGACUCAAUCAACCAGUUCACCAGCAUCUUCUGCCUGACUGUGAUGAGCAUUGACCGCUACCUGGCUGUGGUCCACCCCAUUCGCUCCUCUAAGUGGCGACGCCCUCAAGUGGCCAAAAUUGUGAAUGGCACCGUGUGGGCGCUGUCAUUCCUUGUUGUUCUGCCUGUGGUCAUUUUUGCUAAUAUUGAGAAGGCAGGAGGCACCUGUAACAUCGCCUGGCCACAGCCAGCUAAGAUCUGGAUGGCGGCCUUCAUCAUUUACACCUCCACUGUUGGAUUCUUCUGCCCUCUUCUAAUCAUCUGCCUCUGCUACCUGCUUAUUGUCUUCAAGAUCCGCAGCUCGGGUAAGAAAGUGCACGCCACCUCAACCAAGCGAAGGAAGUCGGAGAGAAAAGUAACACGCAUGGUUGUGAUUGUGGUGGCUGUGUUUGUCUUCUGCUGGCUGCCUUUCUACGCCCUUAACAUCAUUAACCAGCUGGUAUCCCUGCCUAUAGAGUACGAUGGCCUUUACUAUUUUGUUGUCGUGCUUGGCUAUGCCAACAGCUGCGCCAACCCCAUCGUCUAUGGCUUCAUGUCAGAGAACUUCAAGAGGGGCUUCCGAAAAGCCCUCUGUCGCUCCACAAGGAAAGUGGAGAACCAUGAGCCCAUGGAGCGCCAGCAGCAGCAGAAGGAGGAGGGGAGGAGGGCGCUCAUGCCCAGGGAAAGCCUGAGAAGGGGAAUCAGGGUUGAAGAGGACGAUGAUGAGGAAGACGUCUCAGAAAUGACUGAGAUCUACAGAAUCGCCCAAAAUGGCAACAGCAACUUUCAGACGGAGAGUUCUCAGCCGUUGUUCUCAGAAAAAGGAGCAACUCCAGCAACAACAGAGCUGUCUUCCCCGGACAACAAGGACAUUCGAAACGACCCAAAAGGCAAGGACCCGGUCAAUGGGUCGACACUGACUGUCCCACUGCUUCUCAAUGGAGCCAAAAAUGGGAGCAUCAAAACCCUGCCGGAGGAAAAUUUAGAACAGAGCACCUCAUUGGAGAUAAGUUAUUUAUAA